CACCUGAAAUGCGCUCAAGAGGCUGCCGCAAAGUAUGAACGCACUCUUGCGUGCUCUAAUAUUUUCUUUCUAUUCGGAAAUGUCCUCUUUCAGAUUCACUUGAAAUGCUUACCCAUAUCGAAAGUGGAGUGGGUUGCGGUCACUACUCGAGCUAGGAAUUUGUAUGACUCGCUCAAGCAGAAGAACAUUCCCAAUCCACAUGAUGAUCGAUUCUGUCAAGAUCCGCAGAUCAAUAAUCCUCUUGAUCAGACUGAUCAUAAUCCGUGGCAGCAGUAUUUUGCCGACCACGAUCUCCGUGAUAUAAUAUUGAAGGAUGUUGGCAGAACGUUUCCCGAGCUGGAAUUCUUCCAACAGGACCAUAUCCGUCGUAUGAUGUGUGAUAUUCUCUUGAUUUAUGCGAAAGAAAAUCCCUUCGUAUCGUACAAACAGGGAAUGCACGAAAUCCUUGCUCCAGUGAUGUUUGUCCUUUUUUCUGAUCAACAGUCAUUUUUCCAUUGCCUGGAGACAGGCGGUUUGAAGAUGCUGUCAGAUGAAGAUCGCUCUAUUCUUUCCCACGUGUACAGUCCGGAUUAUCUUGAAAGCGAUAGCUACGGAAUGUUCUGUGAAAUAAUGCUAGAAGUGACGAAGUGGUAUGAAGAUGGCUCUCCGCCGGCGACAACACCGAGACCAUUCUCUCAGGAGUCAGGACCUUUCCUGCGUGUUCAAGAUGUUGCCCCUACAAAUCAAGUUAUGCGUGAAUUGAUUGCUAUCGGUGAACGUCUUCAGUCUGUUGAUCCUGUGCUCGCUGACCACUUGUAUUCCCUCGAUAUUCCGCCGCAGUUAUACGGAAUCCGGUGGCUGCGAUUGCUAUUUGGUCGAGAGUUCGCGAUUCAUGACCUUCUUUACGUAUGGGAUGUUUUGCUGUGCGACAGACCUGUGCCAAGAAUGGUGGAGUGCAUUUUUGUGGCCAUGUUGGUGCAGAUUCGACAUCUACUUCUUCAAUCUGACUAUAGCGGCUGCUUACACUAUUUGAUGCGUUAUCCUCCGGUCGUGGAUGUUUCAGCGUUUAUGCAACUAGCCCUUCAUUACAGGAAUCCGAAGAAAUAUCCGAAGCCGGUGUCUCUCAGUUCACUUUCGAAUUUCUCGCAUAUGACAGUGACGGGCGCGGAUCAUCCCAAUACUCGUUCUAAUCAUGUAAUUGUGAUGAGCAGCAAUUUGGGUCAGGAUGAAACAUCUGGAGGCAUUCGUAACAUCACGUCUUCCAUGUUGUCGAAAGUCAAAAAUUCUGUGCUAGAAAGACCAUCGUUGGCAUCGGCUUCUCCCCCGUUAACUCCAAGGAGGACUACACAGAAUGCGGCUAAAUCGCCUUCAUGGGAAAGGGAACUUCACUUAAUGGAGGAACAAGUGGCUUGCCUUCAAAGUCGACUCAAUGAAAAGGAUGUCGCGUGCUUGGAGGCUGCCAGGAACAUCGAGUCAUGUGUUGGACAACUGCUUAACUGCGAGCGAGAUGCGAUCCCUGGUUUGUGCGCAAAAUUAAUGGAUAUCAGCAGCAACCUCACCGCUAGUACCGUCAACGGUGUGGGUUUGUGUUACUUAUACUAA